AUCUCGGACACUGGCUGAGUUGAUUAGGGCGUGCCAGCUCCAUAUCAGGUACAUUCUUGCAACAGAACAUCGUCCGGCGACGCGGGCCAAGCGACACUUCCUUGCGGCGUCCUGUUCACCUGCAACUCCACGAAUUACUCGGUCGCGCAGCAGCCAACAGCCGCAUCUGCUUCGAAGCUCCUCUGACGCUCUCCGGGAACCGAUCGAAACCAUCUCACAAUGGCCGAAGGAGAGGCACGGCCAGAGUGCGGGAAAGUGGACUCGGACUCUGGGAGCAAUUCGACCGUGAUCCCGUCGCCGCCACCACCUCCAGUUCCGUCCGCAGACCCAAGAUUACUGCAAACACUGAGCCCCGACAAUCACGUAUCGUCACCGACGCUCCCAGCCGAGAUCGAUGACAUAUUCAAGGUCCCUCCACAGGCCGCACUCAAGCUUCUGAGUGCAUGUAUCGAAGCUCUAGUCAGUAUGACAGGGGACGUUCCGCCUACACCACCGCCGAGGAGCCCUACAAUACCACACCUGAGGGGCAUGGAGGCGGAGAAGAAGAGCAUAGUGCGGUCGAAUUCGGAGAGAAGCUUAACUCGACUCGCUCAACAACGGAGCGCGGCAAAUUCCCCCAAGCCGCCUGGCACACCGGCUCGAAGCAUACAGUCUAACUUCGAAUCGACACUGCAAAGCCCUCCCAACUCGGCAGAACGAACACAACCAGUAGAUGGGGUACACCUGCGAGGGCCGCCUCCCCCGCCACAACCACCUUCACGACCUCUCACACCACACAUCAUCGUGGGCGACAACUCGCAGCCGCUGAACGUGCAGCACAGUGCCAUCACGCGCAGGUUCUACUGCCGCGUCCCGCCGCCCAUCUCCAUCACGGAGUAUCUACUCCGAAUCCACCAAUACUGCCCCAUGUCCACGGGUGUGUACUUGGCCACAUCGCUGUACAUGUACCGACUGGCAGUGCUCGAGCGAGCUGUGGCGGUCACGCAACGGAACGCCCACCGGCUGUUGCUAGCGGGCCUGAGGGUCGCCAUGAAAGCACUUGAUGAUCUCAGCUACCCACACGUCCGGUUCGCUAGGGUCGGCGGCGUGAGCGAAAAGGAAUUGGCACGGCUGGAGAUCAGUUUCUGCUUCUUGACGGGGUUCGAUCUGGCCGUGAAUGCGUCCAUUUUGAGCCAACAAUGGGAGUUAUUACGGAGAGGGACGGAGUGUUGGAACGUGCUGGAUGACGCGUUACACCAUGUGCCGUUGCAGUCACCGCCAAGCGUGAAGAGUGAUGUCAAAGCGCAGGCUUGAAGUUCUCUGCAAGUUGCAUCGUCGUCUUUCUUUUUUGCUUAGUACUUAUCUUUUUGUCAGGCAGGAUUGGGGCGGAAACGGUCGGCGUUCCGGCGGGCAUUACACAGGCGAUUGCCAAGUCGAUUUCUAUUUGCGUUAUCCAUAAUAUGCAAACGAAGCAGGAGUCAGUACAUCAUGUAUGCAAAUACCCGGUUGCUCAAGUUUCAAGGAUGCCGAGUUGCCGAUCGUUAGCUGCGUACAUCCCUGAUCGAACGUCAUUGACCUGCUCCCC